AUGGUCUCUUGGUAUGAAGCAGUGAGGCGAUGUAAAAGUCUUGGAGGAUUUUUGGUGAAAAUAGAUGAUGCCGAUGAACAAAGUUUCUUAACGGAUAGAAUCAACAUCAGUAGAAAAAUAAAGGCACUUUGGAUUGGACUUCAUGAUCUUGAUGAUGAAAAUGACUUCAAAUGGGAGCAUGAUAAUACACCUGCCAACUUCUCUCACUGGAAUAAGGGUGAACCUGAUAAUUCUGGUGAUGGGGAAGACUGUGUUGCAGUCUCUGGGAUUUUCUUGUACAUGUACAGUCAACUAUACCCUCCCGGCCGAUGGAAUGAUAUGGACUGUGACAAGAGUGCCCCUUACAUUUGCGAGAAAAAUAUUAGGCGUAAACAUGUUCAGCGUCCUUUCCGCGAGAUUAUUCCUCUUGACAAGUGGGAAAUUCUUCCCAAGCAGGUGCAUUAUGAGGAGGAGCUGGGCCGAGGUGCAUUUGGUGUGGUUUACCAAGCAACUCUUACGAGAAGAGCUGGAAUAGAAGUGUUUGAAACAAGAGAAAGACUAAAGCCAGAAAAACAAUGUCAAGUUGUUGCGGUAAAAGUAUUACAGGGUGAUCCAAGCGAUGAGCAAAGAGAAGCUUUCCUUCAUGAAAUAUUACAAAUGAAGCUGUUGGGUUCACAUCAGAAUAUCGUGUCUUUGGUCGGAUGCUGCACACUGCAGGACACCAAGUUUCUGGUGAUAGAGUAUGUUCCGUAUGGUGAUCUCUUACAAUGGUUACGGCAAAAGAGGCGAUCGGUAAAUAAAAAUCAAGCCCUCAGAGGAAAGGAGGCGGAAAAGUUUUAUGAAGAUAGAGACACUCCGAUUGAUGAGUUGAAAAGAUGCGAACCUAGUCGAGAAAAUAUAGAAUUGAUGUCAAUGCCAUCCAGUCCAGGUUACUAUAACCACGCUGCUGUCAUUUCGCUGUCUACGGUGAAUCUUCAUGAGAGUAACCUUGAUGGCGUAAAUGAUAAUGAUGACGUCGGUGUUGAUGGUUUCUCUGCUCAACAGCUGUUUUCAUUUGCUUGGCAAGUAGCAAGAGGAAUGAAUCACCUUGCCGAAAAUGAUUUCGUUCAUCGUGACCUUGCAGCUCGGAACAUCCUUGUUGGUCAAGACGGACGAGUGAAGGUGUCAGACUUUGGUUUGAUGCGCCAAGUGUACGAAGAUGUGUACAGCAUAAAAAAAGCUAAAAAGCUACCAGUUAAAUGGAUGGCAUCAGAGAGCAUCUUCGAGGGUGUUUCUACUUUCAAGAGUGACGUUUGGUCUUAUGGAAUUUUUCUCUGGGAAAUGGCUACCAUGGGUGGUGUUCCAUACCCUACGUUUACCAAUACAGAGCUCUGUAAACUUCUAAAGAAUGGUUAUCGCAUGGAAAAACCUGAUAUGUGCUGCCAUGAAGUAUAUGAACUGAUGACUUCAUGCUGGGAGAACGAUCCCACAACUCGCCCCAGUUUCUCGGAGUUGAUUGACCGACUGGAGGCUAUUAUGACGAGGGAUGUAACAUACUGCGAUCUGUCAAAUUGCGAUGAAUCGAGUCCAUACUAUAACAUACAGGACAUGGUUGACGAAGAAAGCGAAUGA